AUGGAUGACAAUAAUCUGGAGGGAAACCUUCCAAAGGAGCUUGGGUAUUUGGUCAAUCUGACAGACAUGGGUCAAAAAGUUGAGUUGUCGUAUCUUUGUCUUCCACCUGCGUACGUAAUUUAUUGCAGCUACAUGACAUCAAACAAGUUCAACGGAAGUAUUCCUGACACAUAUUCCAAUCUUGUCAAUCUAGAAACGUUUGCAAUUGGUGGAAACAAUUUGUCUGGUCCCAUACCUAAUUAUUUUGGAGAGUGGAUCAAACUCACCAAACUGAUUCUUCUAGGAAAUAAUUUCAACGGAAUUCUGCCUCCAAAAACUCUCACUCUACCAAAAUUAAGGACAUUGAUGAUCAGUGACGUAAGCAAUCCUGGAAUAUCUUUACCAGAAGAUAAAAAUAUAUCAGAAAGUUUGGCUUAUGUGGAUCUUUCGUACAAUGAUUUCAAUGUGAAAUGUGAAAACAUAAAAUGUUUGGGACUGGAAGAUGUAAACAUUGGUGGUGAGGAGGUAACAAUAGGAAAGGAUCAUUAUCAUAACGAUACCUCAACAGCAAGUUUUAAUCGAAGUCCAUCUGAGGAUUGGGCUUAUAGCUUUUCUGGAGACUACUUUUGGGCCACAAUCAAUAACAGUACUUUAGUAAGAAACUCAACGUGUGAAGUGUCUAGUCCUGAGGCAAAGUUACAAAACAAUUUUCGCCUUGCUCCAGUCUCUCUGACGUAUUAUGGGCUCUGCUUGCGUAAAGGCACGUACUUUGUGACACCUCAUUUUGCUGAAACAUUAUUUUCGAAGGAAGAAGAUAACAGCAGAGUUGGGAAACGCGUUUUUGAUGUAUAUAUUCAGAAACAAAACGUGAUGAAAGAUCUCAACAUAAAGGAAAUCCCUGGAGAACAAAAUGAAGAACGAAAGCUAAGAUUCCGCACCACAAUACAUGAUGGUUCGUUGGAGAUCCAGUUCUUCUGGGCUGGCAAAGGUUCUCUGUACAAUCCACCUGCUAUCAAUGGACCUCUCGUAUCAGCUAUUUCAGUCACCCGUGCUGUUGUUUUCUGUUUCCAAAGUUCCCAGAAAACUACAUCCUUGGGAAAUCGUGGUAAUUACAGUAAGCUGUAUUUUGUUUCUGCUGCUGCUGUUGGCCUUUAUGUGGAGAAUGGGCUGGAUAGGAGACAGAGAAUUACGCGGGGGCGUUCUGGGAUAGUAUACAAGGGUGAACUGCCGGGUCUUACUGUUGCAGUGAAGAAGCUGUUCUCUCGGUCAAAAGCAGUCGACGAAAUAGCACGAGAAGUUUAUGCCAAGAAGGUCUUAGACUUGAAACAUGAGAAUCUCGUUCCAUUGCUUGCUACUUACUCCAAAAAUCAACUACAUUUGCUAAUAUAUGAAUAUAUGGAACAUGGAUCACUUAAGCAGGCUUUGUUUGAUUCAAAUUCUACAGUGGAUCUUAAUUGGGAAAAUAGAUUUAAUAUCUGCUGGGGAAUAGCGAAGGGUUUGAAGCAUCUUCAUGAGAAGGAACCACAAAUAAUUCACAGAAAUAUCAAAUCCACUAAUAUUCUGCUGGGGAAUAGCGAACGGCUUGAUACCAAAUGUAAUGCCAAAAUAUCAGACUUUGGUUUGGCUAAGUUUUAUGAGGAGGAAAGUCAAUAUAAUAUCAUGCAAGCCGGAGGAGACGCGUAA